AUUUAUAGCAGCUGGUCACACUAAUUCAACGUUCGACUAUUCUGGCAACAAAAUAACGCGAAAGUAUUAAGAAAAUAAAUUAGUAUUCAAGAAGAAAAUACGAACUGAAGCGGACUGGGAGAAAACACUGCUUCCAACCACCUACAACAACAACGCACAACAAUAUGAACAUGAAUAAUGUCAAUAAAGGCGGAUAUGUACCGCCUGGCUAUUAUCCACCAAAUGCACCGCCUGCAGAGGGUGCUCCAUUCGCGCCGCCCGCCGCAAGUGCUCCAUACGCACCACCGAAUGCGCCCUAUCCACCAGGACCACAGCACGGUGGCCAGCCACAACCACACAACUAUGGCUUCACGCCGGGUCCACCCCAAGGAGGUUACGCACCAAUACCUCAAAUGCCUAGCGGAGAGCCCCAUUAUGGAGGUCCAGCGCCUUUUGGAGCUGGUGGUGGUCCACAGCCGUUUGGGUACCCGCCUGGGCCGACUGGUCCGCCGCAACCAUUUGGAUAUCCACCAGGUCCAGCAGGGCCUCAGCAACCAAUUGUAAGCCAGCCUGGUAUGCCGCCAAUUCAUCCACAUCCAGGCAUGGGACCAGCUCAUCCACACCCUGGUCCAGGGGGACCAGCAGGCGACUGGAUGAGUAUACCUUCAGGAAUUCCGAACUGUCCGCGCGGAUUGGAAUACCUUACGAGUAUAGAUCAACUUUUAGUUAAACAGAAAGUAGAGUUGCUUGAGGCUUUUACUGGCUUCGAGACCAACAACAAGUUCUCAAUCAAAAACGCACUCGGCCAGAAGGUCUAUUAUGCGGUGGAGGAAAAUGAUUGCUGCACACGCAACAUGUGUGGUCCUUCACGGCCCUUCGAUAUGAAAAUUUUCGACAACUUCCAGCAAGAAGUCAUUCACUUGAGUCGUCCAUUGGCCUGUUCAGCUUGCUGCUUUCCCUGCUGCCUACAGACACUGGAAGUCUCCGCGCCACCAGGCAAUGUUAUUGGAUCUAUAGAACAGGAGUGGUCCAUUUGCUCUCCGUCGUUUCGCAUUUUAAAUCACCUUGGCGACACGGUGCUUCGCAUUGAGGGUCCCAUGUGCACGUUCUCACUGUGUGGCGACGUCGAGUUCAACGUCGUCUCCCUAACUGGAGCGAAGGUGGGAAAAAUAUCCAAGCAGUGGUCAGGUCUGGCACGCGAAAUCUUUACCGACGCAGACUUUUUUGGCAUCACUUUCCCACUGGAUCUAGACGUACGCAUGAAAGCCGUGCUGCUGGGUGCCACGUUCCUCAUUGAUGCCAUGUUCUUUGAGAAGUCCGGAAACCGCGAGACCGAUACGCCAGGAAUGUUCUAGCUGUUUGUGAAUUUUUGUACAAUAGACGUGUCCCCAAUGUAACGCUAAAUUUACUAUCGAAACCCUGUGACCUAUCGCAUACUAGUCCCCUAUGGCCAAAGCAACUACAAUCUUUAACUCCCCAAGCUAUACUGAAUUGAUUUCAACCAAUUUCGCUAAAGGCAACUUAAAAAGUUUAAACAUUUUUGUUAUACUCAGGAUACAUUUUGAAUGUAAUUAUUUU